CAGUGAGUGAGGGUGAUGUCAUCGCAGGCGCGGCAUUGGGGCACACUGCACUUCUUCAGUAUCAUUGUAAGCGGGCUGGCGCCGUCAUGGGUGUGGCGCCGCGCGCAGUCUCACGCUGUCCUUGCGAGAUUGCUGGACAUCUGCCGCGGCGGACUGGAGCGAGAGAACCGCCUCAACCUGUGCCUGGUGUUCGAAUACGUGAAGCAGGACCUGGAUCAGUACCUCAAGCGCUGCCCCUCACCCGGCCUCGAGCCUGCUAGAAUUAAGAGCUUGAUGCACCAGAUUCUGUGUGGCAUAGACUUCCUGCACAGUAACCGCGUGAUCCAUCGAGACCUGAAGCCACAGAAUAUACUGGUGGAUGAGGGAGGCAGAGUAAAAAUCGCCGAUUUUGGCCUAGCGAGAAUAUACGACUUUAAUAUGAGAUUAACAACUAUGGUAGUGACAUUAUGGUAUCGAGCACCAGAAAUCCUAUUAAGCAACAGCUAUGCAACUCCUGUCGAUGUCUGGUCUUGCGGGUGUAUAUUUGCAGAGCUGUUUAGACGAAGACCUGUGUUCGAAGGACAUACCGAAGGAGACCAGUUACAAAGGAUAUUCGAUGUCAUCGGGACGCCCCACGAAAGCGACUGGCCCCGCGACGUGUCCCUGAUGCGUAACAAUUUCCGACACCACCAGGGCAGGCACCUCAGAGAUGUUGUCCCUGAAAUUACCGACGACGCUGCAGAUCUGCUUCAGAAAAUGCUGAAGUUUGUCCCAAGUAUCCGCAUUCCUGCAGUGGAGGCGCUCCGACACCCCUAUUUCCAGGGACUUAUCACUCCCCGCAUCAUAGCCACGAGUAACAGGUCAACUCCCACUCAGCAGGUUUUAAGUCCAGCUCCCCUUGCUACCAGUAGCCCUGCCAACACCCACCAUCAUCACCACCAACGGCAUGUUGCAACGAGCACCACCAAUACGUCUGUUGCCACUUCGGAAAGUAUCUCAGGACAGGCAGUUUUACCCGCACAGGUAACUGCGAAUGAUGAAAAUAAUCCUAAUGCAGGAAAUAGUGCCAAUACAAAUCCCAUAGUAUCAAGAUUGCCCGAGCCCAAAGUUGCUGAACGUGCCAUUACAACCACUAACUCUUCAGUGACAGAAACGACCUCCACUACGACAGUGGCAACAGUAAGUAGCGGUGGUCUCCCUCCCACCAGCAGUAGCUCAAAUCCUGUGGAAUAAUGAAAGUUUUAAUUACUGGAAGCAUAUAUCUACGGAACUCUUAUGUUGUAAACCUAAUGAUUAUAAUAUAUUUUUUUCUGAGUGGUGUUGACUUUUAUGCCAGAAAUGCAAGAUACUAUUUGAUUCAGAAAUUUUAUAUACUUUAUUUCAAGGAUUAUUGAAAGAGAGAGAAAAAAAGCUUCAGAUAUUGAAAAGUCUGUAACAGUGGUGAAUCAAGAGUUGACUUAGAGUGCCUGAUGUGUGUAUUUUUCUAAAUCAACAUAAGGAAAAAAUAGUGCCUUGUGUUUGUGUGCAACUUGGAUGUUAAGGAGUGUAAUGCCCACUGUAGGAGUCUUUUUACUCCAUAUUAUGCUUAUUAGAAAGUUCCUUUUUGUAGUGUUGCUUGAUGUGAACGUUCCAUGAAAAGUCAGAAUACGACUGAAACUAACAUCAAAAGCAUUCCCUCUGGCAUUCCCGAGAGAGUGAAAAAAAAAAAAAUUGUUAGUGAGUGGUGCUUAUUGAGUGAUGUAAUGUGGCAGUUUAUUAGACACUUAUUAAGGCAACAAAUACUGCUUUAUGUUACUUGCUGGUCUCUCUGGCAAACCUCAGAACUGAAGAUAACAACUUAAAAAUCUGUUAAGAAAAUUAAGAGGCUCAAUUGGUCAGAUAAUGUAUACCAAUGAAGGGAAAACCAAACAACACAGUGCAUUUGUACUAACAGUAUUGUUGGUGCAAAGAGGUUGUUUACAAAAAAAAAUAUUAGGAUGGAUUAGAUUCAAAGCAAAAUUUGAUCUUUAUUGGUACUUAUGUGGUUUGAAGAGUGAUACUCAUUAUAAACCAAAUUUUUUAUCCAAGAUUGUAACUGAAUAUGAUGUAACUCAUCCUAUCAAACACCGAUCUUGUAGACAAGAUAGGUGUUUGUUGAAUGUAAUGACCCUAUCUUUUUUAGCAAUCCAAAUUUAAGUAAUUAAAGAUAGAUAAUCUACUCUUCUCAGUGGAAUUGGGUGGUAGUAAUUGUAAUUACACAGCAAUGUGGAGUAAAGCAUUAAAAACUUCUAUUAGCAACUUGACGACUGCUCAGAGGUGUGCAUAUCAUAAACAAUGCAAGUGUGUAUCGUUUUGUAACUGAAUUUUUUUAUGCUCUUAUUAUAAUUGCAACUUGUCUUGGUCCUUGAAUAGCUUGUGUCAUGUAUGAUUGCCAUUCAAAUUAAAGUUUCAACAGCC